AUGUCAGUUCUGCCGCCCAAUUACAACCUCGAGGUUCCCAAAACUGUCUGGCGCGUGCGACAAGCGAAAGCGCGCUGCGUGGCACUGCAGCUUCCGGAAGGCCUCCAGAUGUUCGCGACGACCCUGUGUGACAUUAUCGAGCGGUUCGGCGGCGCGGAAGGCUGCGUGAUUCUAGGCGACGUGACGUACGGCGCGUGCUGCAUCGACGACGUUACCGCAGCAGCGCUUGGCGCGGACUUUCUGGUGCAUUACGGGCACAGCUGCCUGGUUCCGUUGGAUCAUACGGUCAUUCCGUGCCUCUACGUGUUCGUCGAUAUCACCAUCGAUGUGCCGCAUUUUAUAGACACCUUGAAGCUUAAUUUCCCGUCAACAGACCAUCUUGUACUCGCUGGCACCAUUCAGUUCACAGCAGCGGUGCACGCGGCCAUAUCGGCUCUCCCAGGCCACUUAAGGGGCAUUCCUGCUCCCUUCCCCACUUCCCGCUCUCCCAGGCACCAUUCAGUUCACAGCAGCGGUGCACGCGGCCAUAUCGGCUCUCCCAGGCCACUUAAGGGGCAUUCCUGCUCCCUUCCCCACUUCCCGCUCUCCCAGGCACCAUUCAGUUCACAGCAGCGGUGCACGCGGCCAUGUCGGCUCUCCCAGGCCACUUACGGGGCAUUCCUGCUCCCUUCCCCACUUCCCGCUCUCCCAGGCACCAUUCAGUUCACAGCAGCGGUGCACGCGUUCAUAUCGGCUCUCCCAGGCCACUUAAGGGGCAUUCCUGCUCCCUUCCCCACUUCCCGCUCUCCCAGGCACCAUUCAGUUCACAUCAGCGGUGCACGCGGCCAUAUCGGCUCUCCCAGGCCACUUAAGGGGCAUUCCUGCUCCCUUCCCCACUUCCCGCUCUCCCAGGCACCAUUCAGUUCACAGCAGCGGUUCACGUUGCCAGAGCAUCCCUCUCAGGCCACUUCAGAGGCAUCACGGUGCAUCAGGCCAAGCCUCUGUCCCCCUUCCCUUCGUUUCCCAAUCUCUCCCCCCCUUGCUUCCCUUCUCCCUCUCUCUUUCCCUUUAGGCACCAUUCAGUUCACAGCAGCGGUCCAUGCGGCCAAAUCAGCCCUCUCAGGCCACUUCCAAGCCAUCACAGUGCCUCAGGCCAAACCACUGUCUGGAGGAGAGGUGCUUGGAUGCACCGCUCCCUCGCUCUCUCCCUCGUUCGAGGGGGUAGCAGCAACAGAAGCAGCAGCAGGAGGAGCAAGGGUCGCAACAGGAACAGGAGAAGUAGCAGCAGCAGCAGCAGCAGCAGCAGCAGCAGCAGCAGCAGCAGCAGCAGCAGCAGCAGGAGGAGCAGGAGGAGCACGAGCAGGGGCAGCAGGGGCAGCAGCAGCAGCUGGGGCAUGUGGUUCUGGUCCAGAUGUGCUGGUUUUCGUGUCAGACGGUCGAUUUCACCUCGAAGCCAUGAUGAUCGCAAAUCCCACCCUCCCAGCAUUUCGCUAUGACCCCUACACCCGCACCCUCACUCGCGAGCGCUACGACCAUUCAGGCAUGCGAAAUGCGCGGCGGCUGGCGGUUACCCGGGCGAGCAGGGUGCGGGGGAAGCGGUGGGGUGUUGUGCAGGGUACCCUUGGUCACCAGGGUAACCCGCGCACUGUGGACCACUGCGUGAGGAGGAUCCGCGCUGCGGGCGGGACGCCGGUGGUGUUUCUCGUCUCGGAGCUGACUCCGGAAAAGGUGGCGGCGGUGGGGGUGGGGUCUGGUGGGAUGGCUGGGGCUUGUGUAACAGAAGCUGUUGGUGACGUGGCAGGAGCCGGUGUUGACGUGGCAGGAUCAGUUGGCGAUGUGGACAGGGCCCUCGGUGAGCUGUCAAUAGGAGGAGGAAGCAUUAAGCAUGGCAGCACAACAAGCUUCGACAAGGAGAGUGGGCGAGGGACAGGCAUCGAUGCGUGGGUGCAGGUGGCAUGUCCGAGACUGUCCAUAGACUGGGGGGAGGCCUUUACUGCCCCCAUGCUCACUUCCUAUGAGCUUGAGGUUGCACUGGGGUUCGCUUCCCCCUGGUGGGGAGGCUGCUUCUGUGACAGUGACUCUAACGUCCAGGGGGGUUGUAACGAAGGUGAUUGUACAGAGCGUGGUUCUGGGAGUGGUGCUACAGGAGAUGGAAAUGGGUCGCAAGAGGACCAGCUGCAACGGUGCAAGCAGUGCGGAGCUUGUAAAGGGGAUAAGAGGGAGAGGGUGUACCCCAUGGAUCACUAUGCCAGGGAUGGCGGCCCUUGGAAUGCUUCUUACAUGCCUAAAAGAGCUGCUAGAGGGCCCCCGAAGAUAACAUCUGCACCUGCUUCUCUGCCUGCUUCACCAACUGCUGCAACACCUGCUGCACCACCGACUGCACCGCCUGCUGCUCUGCCUGCUGCGCCUACCAGCAGCCGCAUCGACUACAGCAAGUGGGAUCACUUCGAGGCCAGCAGCGACGAGGAGGAGGAGGAGUUUCAAGAGGAUGAGGAUGAGGAUGAAGAGGAGGAAGGGGAGGAUGACGAGGAGGAGGAGGGGUUGGAGUACGUAUUGGGACCGGACCUGAGUUCAAGAGGGGCAGCUGGAAAGAGUGGCGGAGGAAAGGGGAAGGCCGAGGCAGUUGCUGCUGAGAAAGGGACCAUGAAGCACGAGGAAACAGAUUCUGGGAAAGGAAGCAGCAAUGACAAAAAAACAGCCCCGAUGCAACAGGCGUCAUCAGGUACAGCCAAACCAGAAAAGGCCAAGGCCGAGAGAGCAGAGCGAGAGGAAACAGGCGGUGUGCCGAAACGACCAGAGGAGGAGCAGCAGGAGGAUGUCCAGCUGCUGGAUCGAACGGACAUGGUUCACUAUCUCGACGUGAGGAACGGCUGGGAUGUCGCCGCCUGCGAGCCGUGCUUGGAUCGUGUGGUCUCCCGGCGGACAAAGCUCGCCCUGGGGAUCCACAGCCUGAGGGACCUCCGCUCAACCCUCCGGCGGCACGUGAAAGAAUCCGUCCCGCUCGCACCAUCAGCCCGUCAGGCAUCAUCAGCAGCCCAGCAUGCAGCGGCAGCAGCUCAGCAGGCGAAGGCACGGGCGAUUGAAAAGUUCUCCUCGGGAGUUCCUUUGCCAGAGCGGGCGCUGGGAGGGAGGCAAGGGGUGCAGUCCUCUCGAGAGCGGUACAAAUGGAAGUGCGAGCGGGCGGCGGGGGUUUGUGCAGAGGCGAUGGUGUUAGAGUGGAUGGCUGAGCCGCGUGUGGGUGUGCUCAUGGACCUGGGGAUGAUCAGAUCCCGCCUGCCGGCCAUUCUAGGGGCCCACUUGGACUCGGACUCUGCCACGUUCCCAGGGGUAAUGGGUCAUUUGGGGGCGGGCAGGCAGGAGAAGGAGGAUCAGCUAGCUUCCUUGCUGGUACAGUUGCUCGGGGUGAAGGAGGCCAGUGAGCUGAAGGAGGGAUUUGGGUUUUUCAUGCAGAAUUUGCUGUCUGGGGGGGUGAGGGAGCGUGGGGAGGGGGAGAGGAGGGAAGCGAGAGCAGGGGCGGCGGGCGGGGGGGCAGGGGGGGGGGUUGUUGAGCAGGCACGAGAGGAGGGAUGGCGGAUGUUUGAGGAGAUGAUGGGGAUGAUGCGCAUGAUGGGUGCUAGUGAUGCGCCCACAGCGGCCGAUGUGAUGACGAGGAUGCGGCAUGUCAUGGGGGUGGACGGGGAGGAGGAGGGAGGUGGCACGGUGGUGUGUAUGGUGGAGGGGAGUGAGGCCAGGGCGAGGGGAGGGAGGCGUGGUGAGAGUGCUGGGAGGAAGGCUGGGAAGGAUGAAAGCGGGCAGCACAAGCAGGGCGAGGUGUUCUGCAUGGACGCAGAGAGUGUGAACAAGUCGAAUGUAGAAGAUGCAGCGAUCGAGGAGGCACGAGAGAGGCUUCUCAGGGAGAAGAAGGUGGGAAGGGAGGUGGAGGUGGGAGUGGGAGGUGCCAUAGCUGAUGCAGCAGCUGCAUUGUCGGUCGUCAACAACACAAACCCGCCGCUCACUGGCCCACCCGCCCCUUCCCUCGUCCCUGUCAACACGAACCCGCUCGUCUCAGCAAUGGCGUAUCGGGUCGGCUGUAUCCUGCAGUGGGUGCGAAUCUACGGCUCAGAUUUCAUCUCAUCUAGGGGGUGCUUCAAGGCUAGGCCUCAGGGAAAAGUCCUGCCCUUGCGGCACCCGCUUAGGGACCUUCCGAGCGUGCUGGUGAGGCUUGGAGCCAUUCCCAAGCCUCUGCCUUGGAAGCAAUUUGAUUCGGAGUGGGAGGAGUGGCCACGUGGAAAGGAAGAUGCAGUGAAGUUUCCUGAGGAUCAGAGUGUGCGGUGUUUCCAUCUGGGGUUUGUAGAGGAGGCGGGGGAGGGAGAUCAGGAGAGCAGGGGAAGCAGCAAAGGCGGUGACAGGGGGAGCGGCGGGGGUAGUGGCGGGGGUAGUGGCGGGGGGAGCGGCAAAAGGCGUGGGCAGGGACGUGACAGGGGGAGUGGCGGGAAAGGGGGAGGGGGAGCGCACCCUUCCAGAGCACCAGCACCAGCACCAGCUCAGAACAGAGCCAUGCCCAUCGUGCGCUGUGCAGCAGACGCUCAUUUCCUGGUGGAGUUCGCCGGGCAUCAGGUCUACCCCCCCGCGUGCGCCCGCUGCCGCUCGUGCCUGGACCAGUUCACCUACCACAUCCCCUUCCUCACCCUCCUCGCCAAUUUCGCCUACCGCCCCGCCACCGUCCUCCUCAACCGCUUCCUCUCCGUCUUUCCCCCCCGCUCGCCGGAAUUCGCUAAGCUCGUGGACCUUCUUCUGUUAGAGCCGUUCCCUCGGGGCACCUGUGCGGCAUUCCAGGUGCACGUGGUGAGGGAGAGAGCAGAGGAGCUUCCCGUUCACUUUCUGCUCAACGUGGCUCUGAACUGGCCGAAUGCGAUGCUGCAGGUCGAGGAGAUUGGCAUGGUCGGUCGGGACAAGUGGAAGGGGGAGCUGCUGGGGGGGGCGGACGUGAGGAAGGCAGGGAGAAGGACGCGUGGGGAUGGCGGGGGAGGGAGAGGAGAGGAAGGGGGGGAGGAGGAGGAUGAUGGGGAGGUGUGGGAGGAGGUGAAGGACUGGGGCUUUGCAGUGCUGAUUGCGUGGAGGACGGAUGCAAUGACCGAUCUGAUCGACGACUGCAGACGAGGCAGCAGCAGCGGGGGGCCGCCACGCAAGUGCAGCAAGGACGUGGCGACAGAGCUGUGCAACAGGUGCCUGGAGUCAAGGUUCCGGUGCGGCGUGGUGGAAGGCGGUGGUGUGAAGCUGAGGAGUUGCUCUGGGUGUGGCAGGGUGGCGUAUUGCGGCAGGGAGUGCCAGAAGGCCCACUGGCCCUCCCACAAGCUCGCAUGCCCGGGCAGGGCUGGUGGGAAGAAGAAUGAGAAGAGCAAUGACAAUGUGAGUGUUUUUUGA